GUCUGGCCACAUGACCUGUGCAGCUUUCUGACUGUCUGGAGUUUCUAGAAGCUUCUCUUACGCGACCCGGGGGAUUAGAGCCAGUGAGCGAGAGAGAGUGAGAGAAAGUGAGAGAGAGUGAGAAAGUGAGAGAGACUGAGAGAAAGUGAGAGAAAGUGUGAGAGAGAGAGUGUAGGUUAGAAAGAAAGAGUGGAUGACAGAGAGAAGAGAAAGACAAAGAAAGAGAGAGACUUGAUUUGCGAGUGGACUUGUGGACACAGUGCGGACACACACACAAACACACACGCACGCACACACACAUACACACAUUAAUGGCUGCGUUUGGGCUGGAGGUUCUGGGGGUGACCGUGGCGACCAUCGGCUGGAUCCUGGGCAUCGUGUCGUGCGCCCUGCCCAUGUGGCGCGUGUCGGCGUUCAUCGGCGUGAACAUCGUGACGGCGCAGACCAUCUGGGAGGGCAUCUGGAUGAACUGCGUGGUGCAGAGCACGGGCCAGAUGCAGUGCAAGGUCUACGACUCCAUGCUGGCGCUGCCCCAGGACCUGCAGGCCGCCCGCGCCCUCUGCGUGGUUUCCAUCGUGCUGGGCAUCCUCGGCGUGCUGGUGGCCAUCGUCGGCGCCAAGUGCACCAACUGCAUCGAGGACGAGGCGGCGAAGGCGCGCGUGAUGAUCGCGGCCGGCGUGGCGUUCCUGUGCGCGGCCCUGGCGGAGCUCGUACCCGUGUCCUGGACGGCGCACAGCAUCAUCGCCGACUUCUACAGCCCCAUCAUCACGGAGCAGCAGAAGAGGGAGAUGGGCGCCGCCAUGUCUGCGGGUCUGGAGCUGCUGGGCAUGGUGCUGUGUGUGAUGGGGUGGCUGCUGGCCAUCGUGGCGUGCGCCCUGCCCAUGUGGCGCGUGACGGCGUUCAUCGGCAGCAACAUCGUGACGGCGCAGAUCAUCUGGGACGGCCUGUGGAUGAGCUGCGUGGUGCAGAGCACGGGCCAGAUGCAGUGCAAGGUCUACGACUCCAUGCUGGCGCUGUCCCAGGACCUGCAGGCGGCGCGCGCCCUCACCGUCGUCUCCAUCCUGCUCACCGUCCUGGCCGUGCUGGUCUCCAUCGGCGGCGCCAAGUGCACCAACUGCAUCGAGGACGAGGCGGCGAAGGCGCGCGUGAUGAUCGCCGCCGGCGUGCUCUUCAUCGUGGCCGGGGCGAUGCAGCUGGUGCCCGUGUCCUGGUCGGCCAACACCAUCAUCCGGGACUUCUACAACCCGCUGCUGACCGACGCCCAGCGCCGGGAGCUGGGGGCCGCCCUCUACAUCGGCUGGGCCGCCGCGGCGCUGCUCCUCAUCGGGGGGUCCCUGCUCUGCUGCUCCUGCCCCCCGCAGGAGAAGAAGUACAACCCGUCCCGGAUGGCGUACUCCGCCCCGCGCUCCGCAGGGGGACCCGGGUACGACCGCAGGGACUACGUCUGAGACGACUAGAUGGAGACCUAGGAAGAGAGGAGAGGAGAGGAGAGGAGAGGAGAGGAGAGGA